GGGGAGGGGGCGUGGCAGGGCGGAUGGCUGCGCGCGGAAGGCCGUUGGGGAGGCCUAGCUGCCUUUUAGAUGCGGCGCUCAGGCUCCCUACUGGGCUGGCUCUGGCUGUGGGUGCUGCAUCUUCCCGGGCAGUUGCCCCCUGGGGCUGGGAAGGAGGUCGACGUCGCCCAUUACAGAGAACGAGUCAAGUCGAUGUUUUAUCAUGCUUAUGAUAACUACCUAGAAAAUGCCUUCCCGUAUGAUGAACUGCGACCACUGACAUGUGAUGGCCAGGACACUUGGGGAAGUUUUUCUCUUACACUGAUUGAUGCACUGGAUACCCUACUAAUUUUAGGUAAUAUCUCUGAUUCCAGAGAGUUGUCAGUGUGCUGCAGGAGGGCGUUGAACUUUGAUAUUGAUGUAAACGCUUCUGUCUUUGAACAAAUUCAGAGGGUGGUUGGUGGCCUCCUGUCUGCGCAUUUGUUGUCUAAGAAAGCUGGUGUUGAAGUGGAAGCCGGAUGGCCAUGCUCUGGUCCCCUCUUGGAAUGGCAGGGUGUAGCCGAAAAACUUUUACCAGCCUUCCAGACACCAACUGGAAUGCCAUAUGGGACAGUGAACUUACUACAUGGAGUAAACCCUGGAGAGACACCAAUUACUUGUACUGCUGGUGUCGGUACAUUUAUACUGGAAUUUGCGUCAUUAAGUCAUCUCACAGGUGACCCAAUAUUUGAACAUGUUGCCAGAAAAGCUCUUAAGACCCUUUGGAAAAACCGGUCAGAUAUUGGCUUGGUGGGCAAUCAUGUUGAUGUAGUAACUGCCAAAUGGGUAGCCCAAGAUGCUGGGAUUGGAGCAGGAGUGGAUUCUUAUUUUGAAUAUCUUGUUAAAGGAGCCAUCCUUUUGCAAGAUGAAGAACUCAUGUCCAUGUUCUUAGACUAUAACAGAGCUAUAAAGAACUAUACAAAAUUUGAUGAUUGGUACCUCUGGGUCCAAAUGUACAAAGGGACUGUCUCAAUGCCAGUUUUUCAGUCCCUUGAAGCCUACUGGCCUGGAUUACAGAGCCUCAUUGGAGACAUAGAUAGUGCAAUGCGAACAUUCCUCAAUUAUUACACGGUUUGGAAGCAGUUUGGUGGGCUGCCUGAGUUCUACAAUAUUCCUCAGGGCUAUACAGUGGAAAAGCGUGAAGGAUACCCACUGAGACCUGAACUAAUAGAGAGUGCUAUGUAUCUCUAUCGAGCUACACGGGAUCCCACCCUUUUGGAGCUGGGCAGAGAUGUUGUAGAGGCAAUAGAAAAAAUCUGCAAGGUUGAGUGCGGCUUUGCAACAAUCAAAGACCUGAGAGAUCACAGACUAGAUAAUCGCAUGGAAUCCUUCUUCCUGGCUGAAACAGUGAAAUACCUAUAUCUGCUGUUUGACCCUGACAACUUCAUUCAUAACAAUGGCUCAUCUUUUGACGUCACACUGACACCGUAUGGGGAGUGUAUUCUUGAUGCUGGUGGAUACAUUUUCAAUACUGAAGCCCACCCGAUAGACCCUGCUGCCCUGCACUGUUGCAGGAAACAAAAGGAAGAGCAGUGGGAAGUGGAGGAUUUAAUGCGGGAGUUCUAUUCUCUCAAAAGAAGCAAGAAGUUCUCUUUUGCAAGAACCUCUGAUCAAAGGGAAGAGGGCAGGCAAAAGCAUUCUGCAGAUACUUCCUCAGAAAACUGCAAGGGACAAAUAAAACAGAAAGAAAAAAGAAGAACAAUACUAAGCUGUCCCAGUCAACCCUUCAACUCAAAACUGGCUGUUCUGGGUCAGGUUUUCCUGGACAAUACAUGAUUCCUCUGCUCUGAUCCAGAGUUGCUGAAUUAAUAAACAUCUAUUUUAUUUGCA